UCUUUUUUUUUCCGAGUUGCUAAGAGUCCUUCCCGUGCGCGACUAGGUCCUAGCCGCCGCCGGCCCUCUGCCGCGUCGCGUCCAGCCAGCCGAAUCAUCCGCUGCGCCGACGCCGGUACAGGAUCCCAGCAGCCCUUCCCUCCGUCGAGCAGCCGCUUCCACCAGCAGCGUCUCCCUCCCAUCAACGCCUCCGACGGAGCUACGCCGGCGACCAGUCCAUAGGCAGGAACAGGAUGGAGGUGUCUCGUGGUGAUGGCCAAUAGCAAGUAUGAGUAUGUGAAGAGGGAGUUCGAGUUCCACCGCCACCUCCCGGCCUCCAACUGGAUCGUCGUCCUCAUCGAUGGCUGCCAUUUCCACCGAUUCUCGGAGUUGCAUGCCUUUGAGAAACCAAAUGAUGAGAGAGCCUUACGAUUGAUGAACGCAUGUGCCACUUCUAUGCUUGAGAAAUUCCCUGACAUAGUGUUUGCUUAUGGUGUUAGCGAUGAGUACAGUUUUGUUUUCAGAGAGAAAACCGAAUUCCAUAAAAGGCGGGAAAGCAAAAUUAUCUCUUUAUGUGUUUCUUACUUCACAUCUGUGUACGGGAUGCAGUGGAAAGAUUUCUUUCCUAAUGAUUUUAAGGAGACUCCAUAUUUUGAUGGGCGAGUUGUAUGCUAUCCAAAUAUAAAGACUAUUCGUGAUUAUUUGGCAUGGAGACAAGUGGACUGUCAUAUAAAUAAUCAGUACAAUACAUGCUUCUGGGCGUUGGUGAAGUCUGGAAAAACUGAAAAAGAGGCACAUCAAGCAUUGAAGGGAACAUUUUCUAAGGACAAGAACAAGUUGCUUUUGCAACAGUUUCAAGUCAACUAUAAUGAUGAACCGGCUGUGUUUCGGAAAGGAUCCAGUGUUUAUCGAGACAAGGUUAAAACAGACGACUGUGGGAAUCCCAUAAAAAGAACCCGUGAGGCAAUCACAGUGUCAAGUUUUGAUCUCAUAGGUCCUGAGUUUUGGGAAAACCAUCAAUACAUUCUUGGAGAAGCAUCAGACUACCUGUGUCUUGGGGGGAAAGAAAAAUAUGGAUAUGAGUAUGUGAAGAAGUUCGACGACAUCCAUAGGCUUCCGUAUUCUAAUUGGACCAUUGUUCGUAUUAGCGCCUGCCAGUUUGAUCAAUUCUCACUAAUCCAUUCAUUUGACAAACCAAAUGAUGAGACUGCUUUAAGAUUGAUGAACGCUUGUGCUUCACUGAUGAUGGAGCAAUUUCCUGAUAUUAUCUUUGGCUAUGGUUUUGAUAAUGAGUACAGCUUUGUGUUCCAGGAGAAGACUGAAUUGUACCAGAGAGAUGAGAAAUUAAUCAUUUCUUCAUGUAUAUCAUGUUUCACUUCCUUCUACAUGAUGAGGUGGAAAGAAUACUUCCCCGGUAAAGAACUAGUGCAGUCACCACACUUCCAAGUAGAAGUUUUCUGUUACCCAGAACCAAGGAUCGUUUGUGAUUAUUUGUCCUGGAGGCAAUCAGAAUGUCACAACAGAAAUCAAUACACUACAUGCUUUUGGAUGUUGGUGAAAUCUGGAGAAGGCGAAAACAAAGCUAAGGAGAUACUGAAGGACACAUUACCAAAGGACAAGAAUGAGUUACUUUUUCAGCGAUUUCAAAUGAACUACAACAAUGAACCGGCUAUGUUUCGAAAGGGUUCGUGCGCUUACCGUCAAAAGGUGGAAGCCAGUGAAGAUGAGCGGUGGGAUGUGGCGGUGGCCCACGUAGACAUGGGGCCACACUUUUGGGCAAAGCAUUCUUAUGUUUUCGACAGAAGAUGAUCCUUAUGUAUUCUAGUAGGUUGAUUUGCUUAGUGUGUGCCAGAUUAUCCUCCUCGUUUCUCUGAUGCAUAUAUAUUUCUUGUAAGGCCCGCUUGAAAUGGGUGUAAAUUUCUACGCCUGUAUUUAUUUUACAGAUGUAAAUUACCGGUCACAGCUUGUUUU